CUCCCAUUUUUUCUCAUCUUUCCCUCAUUUUCCUACACCAAACUCUGAUACACAUUUUACUUUACUACUACAAUUGACGCACAAAGAGAUGUCCCAUUGAUCUGUUUUUCGUCUUGUUUAAGAUAUUAGCUCCAACGAAGUUCCCAUCUUUGUUUGUUUGCUCUUCACUUCACAUCUACUACUCACUCUGUCAUAUUCAUUCUUGGCCCCAUAACCCCCCCACCCCCACCCCCUUCUUUCCAUGUGGAAUUUUAUGAGUCCAUGUAUGGUUGAAUUUUGAUAAACAUAACAAGAUGUAUGACGAGAAAUAAUCGGCCAUGUUUUUUGACGUUUUAAUUACCCAAAACAACAGCCACCCAGUCUUCCCCUUUUCUCCUGCAUUCAAUUCAUUACUUUUGAGAAAAAAAUAAUCUAUAUUGUUAAAGAAAGAGACAGGAAAUGGGUUGUUGUUGUUGUUCUUGAAUGUAUCUUAGGUUUGUUUUUAUUUUGUUUCUAUUAAUUUCAUUGUAAAACAUAUCAGUUUUUUCAAUUUUGUAUCCUUUUCAACCAGAUGAGUUGUUUCCAAUUUAUAAUGUUUUACUUUGGGCAACGUUGAAAUGUUCAAAGUUUUCUCCAUUUUGUCAACCAACAAUCAACAUAGCAUUCUUGAUUAAGCAAGGGUCGGAAGAAAUGGCAUCUUCUCAGGUAGAAAUUGCUUCUUCUUCUUCUUCAUUUGGUCAUGUACUCAGAGAUCGCAACAGGCGUGAUCGAUGCACACACAGAGAUUCCAAUGCUUUUCAGAAGAAUCUCAAAGAUUUGGUGAACACCCACAUUCAUUCUUGCAUUUCUUCAAGUCAACCACCAUCCACCGCUGCUGCUAAUUCUGUUGUUGAUUCAAAUGAAAAUCACCGUCACCACCGAAAUGGCCAUCAAACUCAUGUUGAUUAUGCUGAUUUGUGGGUUCACAAACCACAAUGGGACAACAAUGAGAACAGUCCCAUGGAAAAUAAGAACAAAUCCGUUGGUAAAUGGGAUAGAGCUAGAGAAAUGGUGAUGAACAAACAGAGAGAGACUUCUUCUUCUUAUUCCCCUGAAAACACCGUAGUCGAAGUUCCUAAUUCAGGUGGCGUUUCAACACUUGUCCGAAGGUGGAGGGAUUUCGAGACAGUGUCGAAGAGCGUGAAUUCAGGGAACAAUUCGAAUCCAGGAAGCGCGAAAAGCAAUUGUGAGAAUGCUGCAUUUGCUGAUACAUGUGAUGAUUCAUCUUCAGUGGAUGGAAGAUUUGAAACUCCGGCUAUGAGCGUGAAUGGCGACUCGUCUGGAGAUUGGGAACAGGCGGCGUAUAAAGCGGCUAUGAAUGAUGUUAGACAUUCAGAUAGUAAUAAAGAAAGUGAAAAGUUGAGAGUUGCUGAUAUCAUUAGGAAAUUGGCAAAGAGUAAAGGUGAAGAGAGUAAUGAGAAUGAGCACAAUUGUGCUAAUGCUGCACCCCUUGCCACGGGCGAAUGCUUGCCUCGGAUCAAGACAUCAUCUGAUCAUUCCGAGCAGCAACAACUGAGGAAUUUUUUCCCAGUUCUGCAUUCUCCCCGAAUCCUCAGAGGUCGACAGGCAUUAAGCGAUUUGCUCUUGCAAAUGGAGCGUGACAGGCUCCGGGAACUUGAAACUCUUAGGGAGCGAAAGGCUGUUUCCAAGUUCCAACAAAGAGGUCGUAUUCAGGCUUUGCUUAAAGUUAGAUUCCUGCGUCGUGGCACAGAUGGUAGAAAUGAACGAUCAACCAAUGGCGCGUUGUCCGAAACAAAUAGAGUGUCUAAUUCUGCAAUUAUGCAUAUCAGGGAAAGGUUCAAUACAAGAAGACAAAAUGGUGUAGCUGACUCAAGAAGCCUCUCAAGAGAAGCGGCAGAUAACACCCAGGAAAGCCGGAAUUCCAAACCGAAUCAGCAAAAAGUACAGAACUGUGAUAAGGAGGAAACCAAAGGCCAGAUAAGUUGCCAGAUAGAACUGACUGAUAAUAAUGCUUUAAAACUUGGGAGUGAAUUAGCAUCCCAUAACCAGAGAGAAGGGAAUCAGAAGCGGGAGAUUAUCUUAGAAACCGCCGGAAUGCAGCCUGGUAUAGCUGACUCAAGAAGCAGUAACAGUCCUAAAUCCGAAAUUGCUUCCACAUCUACACAAGAGAAUCAUUCUGUGCCUAGUGACCCAAUGACUCUCCGCAUAAAUGUGAUAGAUAACAAUUCACAAGUUGAAAAAGUUUCUGCAUCCAUUCAACUGCGAGAAGAGAAUCACCAUGGGGAAGUAAAUGAGAAAAUAAGUCCCCGACAGAUGACAACAAAUGUAAAAGUUACUAGCUCAACAAAUCCCCAGAAAGAAAUGACAUUUCACAUCCGACAUCCUGACAGUUCUUGUAAUCCGAAUCAUAAUGAGGUAGAAUGUAGUCAUCAAGCGGUUAGCCCCAGUACUUCACAACUGCAGAACUCAGAUAUUUCCCAUAAUCAAGCUAGCUGGGAAAAGGCAACCUGUCAAGCUAACCAUGACAAGUCGCUGGAAUUAUUAGAGACAUUAAGAUCUCCCGAGGAUGGUGAACAAAGUGUUCAUAGAGAAGAAGAAGAUGCAAAUAACCUGCAGCAUGCAGGAACUAGUAAUGAGUGGUCUAGUGAGAGCAACAAACCUCAAAGUGACUGGGAAGAGGAAGUUGCCAACCAGAAUAUAGUUGACAGUGAUUGUGGCUGGGUAAGUGAUUAUUCUCACACACCAAGUGGAUGGGAUGAACUACAGUCUAACUACCAGCAGCAAUCAGAAUCCAACCAAGACUGGGUAACUGAUGUUUCUCGUCCACGUGAACAGUGGGAAGAUCUUAGACAAGCAAGAUACCAAGAGAUGCUAGAUCCUUUCCUAGAGAAUCAUGAUAUCCGCCAACUUCUUAACAGAAAAAGUGUUUCGAUCUUUCUCAACAGUGGUUUGAGAGAGAAAAUAGAUCGACUAAUGACAUCUCGCUCACAACAACUACCUAAUGCAAUGAGCGACCAGCUUGAGGAAAAAGUAGGGGCACGUAUGACUAAACAAGUGGGCAAGGAGGAGGAAGUGAUAUCAUAUAAUGAAACACGAGGAGCCGAGGGUGAAGAUUAUGAGGAAGAAGCUGACUCGGGUUAUGAGGAGGAUGACUUUGAAGAUGAUAAUAUUCCAAUUAGGCAACAAUACCUCGAACCUGAGGAAUUAAUUGAUCAGAACAAAGCUUCACAGACUUUACAGUCAUGGAACAAUAAUCAAGACCGGUGUGUCAAUGAUGACUCCUAUCACCUUCCGACUAAUUCUUCACCACAACCUCGAUUAUCAAAUAUUUACUCCCAACACAAUCAACAAUGCUCCUCCUCCUCCACAAGACACACAUCAAUUGAAAUGGAACUGAUAUAUGAAUUGCGAGGACAUAUGGAGCAACUCCACCAAGAGAUUUUUGAAAUACGAAGAUCAAUAAACAGUUGCAUGAACAUGCAAAUGAAUUUACAACAUUCCAUUAAGCAGGAGGUUGCAGCAGCAGUAACUCAGUCAGGUCCAACGUUGGGGAGUAGUUCAGAUAAGAAGGGUGCAAAUAGAGCAAAUUGUUGUAUUUGCUACGAGCAGCAAGUUGAUUCUCUCCUUUACAGGUGUGGGCAUAUGUGCACCUGUUUCAGGUGUGCCCAUGAAUUGCUUUGGGGUACCGGAAAAUGCCCGAUAUGUGAGACCCCCAUAAUAGAUGUUGUCCGUGCACAUAUACACUCAUGACGUACAGCUUAACUGGAUUUUGUUCUGCUGAUGUCUAACUUUUUGCCCAAUGAGAGAUGAGCCAAAGGAUGAUUUUUUUUGGUUCCUUUUCCUUUUUUUUUUUCUUUUUAAUUGAAUCUUGUCAGCCAUGGAACUGUUUUAUGGCUAAUUUAUUUGUCCAUAACAGGUUUAGAGUUAGUGGAUGAAUGCUCACUCCCCGCUGGUUUUGCACUAACCAUCAUCCUUUGUAUACAAUAGGAGAAAAGAAAGAAAAGUUCUUUUUCAUGACAUUAGAAUUGUGUAUUUUCAAAUUCUUUGCAACAACAAUUUGAAUGAAAAUUGGAGAGUUUCCUUACA